GGGCGGCUGCGAGCGCGUUCUCUCUGAGUCCGUGCGCUGUCUCCGCCGCUGGCUGCGGAAGGAACUCCCGGGUCCUGCAAGCAUGGCGUCCGUGGGGACCCUGGCCUUCGACGAGUAUGGGCGGCCGUUCCUAAUCAUCAAGGACCAGGACCGCAAGUCUCGUCUCAUGGGACUCGAGGCCCUGAAGUCUCACAUAAUGGCUGCAAAAGCGGUAGCAAAUACGAUGAGAACAUCACUUGGACCAAAUGGGCUGGAUAAGAUGAUGGUAGACAAGGAUGGCGAUGUGACGGUAACUAAUGACGGCGCCACCAUUCUAAGCAUGAUGGAUGUGGACCAUCAGAUUGCCAAGCUGAUGGUUGAACUGUCUAAAUCCCAGGAUGACGAGAUUGGGGACGGCACCACUGGAGUGGUCGUGCUGGCGGGGGCCUUGCUGGAAGAGGCUGAGCAGCUGCUGGACCGAGGCAUCCACCCCAUCCGGAUCGCUGACGGCUAUGAGCAGGCCGCCCGCAUUGCGAUUGAGCACCUCGACAAGAUCAGCGACAGUGUCCUUGUGGACAUAAAGAACACCGAACCCCUCAUUCAGACGGCGAAAACCACACUCGGCUCCAAAGUGGUCAACAGCUGUCACCGGCAGAUGGCUGAGAUUGCUGUGAAUGCCAUCCUCACAGUGGCCGACAUGGAGCGGAGAGAUGUUGACUUUGAGCUCAUCAAAGUGGAAGGCAAAGUGGGUGGACGGCUGGAGGACACGAAACUUAUCAAAGGUGUAAUUGUCGAUAAGGACUUCAGUCACCCUCAGAUGCCAAAAAAAGUGGAUAAUGCUAAGAUUGCAAUUCUCACGUGUCCCUUUGAGCCGCCUAAGCCAAAGACCAAGCACAAGCUGGACGUGGCCUCCGUCGAGGACUACCGAGCCCUGCAGAAGUACGAGAAGGAGAAGUUUGAAGAGAUGAUCCAGCAGAUUAAAGACACUGGCGCUAACCUGGCCAUCUGCCAGUGGGGCUUUGAUGACGAAGCAAAUCACUUACUUCUUCAGAACAACCUGCCUGCAGUCCGCUGGGUCGGAGGUCCUGAGAUUGAGCUGAUUGCCAUUGCAACCGGAGGUCGCAUCGUGCCUCGGUUCUCAGAGCUCACAGCUGAGAAGCUGGGCUUUGCCGGCGUUGUACAGGAGAUCUCCUUCGGCACAACGAAAGACAAGAUGCUGGUCAUCGAGCAGUGCAAGAACUCCAGAGCUGUGACCAUCUUCAUCAGAGGAGGGAACAAGAUGAUCAUCGAGGAAGCCAAGCGAUCCCUUCACGACGCUUUGUGUGUCAUCCGGAACCUCAUCCGUGAUAACCGCGUGGUGUACGGGGGCGGAGCGGCUGAGAUAUCCUGCGCCUUGGCAGUUAGCCAAGAAGCAGAUAAGUGCCCGACCUUAGAGCAGUAUGCCAUGAGGGCUUUUGCCGAUGCGCUGGAGGUCAUCCCCAUGGCCCUGGCUGAGAACAGUGGCAUGAAUCCCAUCCAGACCAUGACUGAAGUCCGAGCCAAACAAGUGAAGGAGGUGAACGCCGCCCUCGGCAUUGACUGUCUGCACAAGGGGACGAACGAUAUGAAGAAACAACAUGUCAUAGAAACCUUGAUUGGCAAAAAGCAGCAGAUUUCUCUUGCAACACAAAUGGUUAGAAUGAUUUUGAAGAUUGAUGACAUCCGUAAGCCUGGAGAGUCUGAAGAGUAAAGAAAACUAGUGUAAAGUGUCCUGAGACCCACCAUUGUGACUAAAUAAAGGGUGUAUUUGUGAUGCA